GUUAACAAUGACGGAACCUCGGUUCACUAAACCAUAUAAAAGGAUUGACUUGCAAUGUGCUGUCCCUCAGUGUAAUUUUUUUUAAAGUUUCUUGGUUCAUCUUCUUGCAUACUCCAAAAAAUGCACUCGUGGCGCCGAAUUCUCUCGACUUUGGCCCUCCUGUCAUCUGCGGUUGCUGUGCCAGCUCCUUCAUCAGUAACAUCAGCUCCGGCAGCUACUCCGACUGUUCCUUAUGCCAGUGAUGACCCCAACUACCCUCUGUGGAAUGAAGACGAAAAUAUAGUCCCCGAGCCUGUUCGUGGCUCCCUUGGGGCUUCCAUCCUUGGACCACAGAAUAUUCCAAUAGAGCUGCAAAACCCCGACAUCUUUGCUCCUCCUACCACCGAUAGCGGCUCUGUGCCAAAUUUCAAGUGGCCUUUUUCCUUAAGCCCCAACCGUCUCCAGACUGGAGGUUGGGCAAGGCAGCAGAACAUAAAUGACAUGAGUGUCGCUACUGAUUUGGCAGGUGUCAAUAUGCGCCUAGAAGUAGGUGCUAUCCGUGAGAUGCACUGGCACAAUGAUGGCGAGUGGGCAUAUGUUAUCCAGGGUGACCUUCGUGUCAGCACUGUGACUCCGGAUGGUCAAGUUUAUGUCGGUGAUGUUUCACAAGGAGAUCUAUGGUACUUCCCUGCAGGUUAUCCCCACAGUAUUCAGGCCAAAAACACCACAGCUGGUGGCGCGGAGUUUUUGUUGAUCUUCGACUCAGGCUCGUUCAGUGAAGAUUCCACUUUUCUUCUUACGGACUGGCUGGCCCAUGUGCCCAAAGAGGUUAUCGCCAAGAAUUUCCAGGUAAAUAUUUCAGCAUUUGAUCACAUCCCAUCUAGGGAAUUAUACAUUUUCCCAUCUACACCUCCUCCGGUGAAUGUUGAGUCGGAUAUGGUAGUCCCGAAUGACACCCCGAUGCCUUUUACCUUCGCCAUGUCACAAGUGAAUGCAACGCAGGGACCUGGAGGUACAUAUAAGGUCGUAGACUCGCGUACCUUCCCUGUGGCUACCACGGUCUGCAGCGCCGAAGUAACCGUCGAGGUGGGCGGUAUGAGGGAGCUUCAUUGGCACCCUACGGAACCUGAGUGGACUUACUUCAUUUCGGGCCAGGCUCGCAUUACCGUUUAUGCAUCCUCCGCUCAAGCAACUACAAUGGACUUCCAAGCUGGCGAUAUCGCAUACAUCCCACCGUCGUAUGGUCAUUACGUUGAGAAUACUGGCACUUCCACUUUACUGUUUCUGGAAAUUUUCAGAUCAGCUUUGUUCCAGGAUAUUUCUCUCACUCAGUGGCUUGCACUGACGCCACACGAGCUUGUCAAAGCACAUCUUGGUCUCGAUGACGCUACCAUUGACAGUUUUUCAAGAGUCAAGCAAGAGGUCGUCGGCCCCGCUCAUUAAUCGGCUUCGGUGUUCACACCUGGACUUAUUUAUCUCAACGAUAACACAAAUAAUUUGUCACGUACCUGUACGAGUUUUUGAGCGUUAGCACGACCUGUGAAUUUUGUGACCGUACUGAAGAUGUUUUUAUUCCUUAUCGAUAUCAUUUAGACAUUUAUGAUCCUUAUGAUCAUGGUAUUUUGAUUUCCAAGUCGUACUUGUAGCCAAUAUCGAGUUGACUGAUUUCGGAGUUUCCCUUGA